AUGUCAGAGCAAAAUAAACCUGAAAAGGCUCCCUUAAAGAAGACGGCUGCCCAGAAAGUAAGUAAAGUUGGUUCGUUCACUGCAGGUGGUAUGGCAGCCUGUCUUGCAGUGACAUUCACAAAUCCGAUUGAAGUUGUUAAGACCAGAAUGCAACUGCAAGGUGAAAUGUCAGCUGUCUCACAAAAUAUUUAUAAAAAUCCUAUACAAGGUAUAAGUGUAAUAUUUAGGAAUGAAGGUAUUAGAGGUUGUCAACGUGGUUUAAUUGCCGCAUAUGUAUAUCAAAUUGGUUUGAACGGUUCUAGAUUAGGUUUCUAUGAACCAAUUAGAAAUAUUCUAAACAAGACAUUCUAUCCAGAUAGUCCUUCUCAUAAGGUUCAAAAUGUUCCUAUUAACAUGGUAUCUGGUGCAUCUUCCGGUAUAAUUGGUGCUGUGGUGGGUUCCCCUUUAUUUUUGAUUAAGACUAGAAUGCAAUCCUUUUCUAAAGCUGUAGCAUUAGGUGAUCAAACACAUUACACAGGUGUAUGGAACGGGUUUAAAACAAUUCUUAAGGCCGAAGGUAUUUUGGGUUUAUAUCGUGGUGUUGAUGCCGCAGUCAUUAGAACUGCUUCAGGUUCCGCUGUCCAAUUACCUAUCUACAAUAUUGUAAAACAUGGUCUACUAAGAAAUCAUAUUAUGUCAGAUAGUCCUGCAUUGCAUUUAACAUCAAGUGCAGUUGCUGGGCUUGGUGUUGCUGUUGUAAUGAAUCCUUGGGAUGUUAUCUUAACAAGAAUAUAUAAUCAAAAGACCGAUAAAUAUAAAGGUCCGAUAGAUUGUUUAGUCAAGACAGUAAAAAUUGAAGGGAUUGGCGCAUUAUACAAAGGUUUUGAAGCACAAGUAUUCAGAAUUGCCCCUCAUACCAUUCUCACCUUGACAUUCCUAGAACAGACAAUGAAAUUGGUCCAUUCAGUGGAAUCUAGAGUUCUCAUGCAUUGA